CGGACGAGUUGACUUGUUUGACAGUGGGGAUCCUGCUGGCACACAAACAGCACCAUCAACACCAACUUCCUCCAACUUUACCUCCCGAAAGAGCACAAACAGAGCUGCAGACAUGAGCAGGUGUCUCAUUCACAAGUCUGAGGUGCAGAGCUUCAUCGAGCGCUGCAUGACGGCAGUGGGCACAAAGCCACACCACGCUCACAGUCUGGCCGAGGUACUGGUGGAGGGCGACCACCGGGGGCACUACAGCCACGGACUCAACCGCAUGGACAUGUACGUGAAAGACAUCGAGUCUGGGAUCUGUGCCAAAGACGGUGAACCGGUGAUCGAGAAGGAGAGCGCUGCCACGGCUCUGGUGGACGGGCAGAACCUCCUGGGUCCAGUGGUGGGAAACUUCUGCAUGAAGCUGGCCCUGAAGAAAGCCAAGGAGGCGGGCAUCGGCUGGGUCGUUGCACGGGGAUCUAAUCAUUAUGGUAUCGCUGGGUACUACUCCAUGCAGGCUCUCAAGGAAAACAUGAUCGGAAUGUCAUUCACAAACACGUCUCCACUCGUCGUCCCCACACGGGGCAAAGCGUGCACGCUAGGCACCAACCCCAUCAGUGUGGCAGCUCCAGCCAAUGAUGGAGACAGCUUCGUCCUGGACAUGGCGACCUCUGCAGUCGCUCUAGGAAAGAUCGAGUUGCAUCACCGCAGAGGAGAUGAGAUCCCGAUCGGCUGGGGUCUGGACGCCCAGGGUAAAAUGACCCCUGACCCCUCCAAAGUCCUGAGCGGAGGAGGAUUAGUGCCCAUCGGAGGCAGCGAGGCCACGGGGGGUUACAAAGGCUACGGUCUGGGCAUGAUGGUGGAGGUGUUCUGUGGGAUUUUGGCUGGAGCUGAGUACAGUAAUCGCGUCCGCACCUGGAAAGUCACAGAUAAAGUCGCCAACCUGGGUCAGUGUUUUGUGGCGAUAAACCCGGAGAACUUCGCUCCCGGAUUCACCGACAGGAUGUCCGACCUCAUGUCCAUCCAGAGGAGCAUGGACCCUGCGGACCCCGAGGUCCCGGUGCUGGCUGCAGGAGACCCAGAGAGAGCCAACAUGAAGAAGUGUGACGAGAUGGGCGGCAUCCCCUAUCACCUCAACGUGGUCAACCACAUGAACGAGUGCGGUACAAGGAUCGGAGUGACUCAACUGUUACCGGUGGAUCGAAUCAUCUCUAACUAAAAUAAAAA